CCUUGAUUCAGUCUCCUUUUAAAACUCAUGCAGGAUCCCACUCGUUCAUUCUCUUCCUGUUCUCAUCUUCUUCUCCAUAGUCAAGUCCGGGGAAUCCCCGUUCCCACUGUACAUUCAUCCACAUCUACAUAAUCGCAUAAUCACAUAAUAAUAAACAUCAUCAUGGCCGACCUCUCCACCCUCCGCGAAGUCAUCCUCCCCACACUUUUCUCCUGGAAAUCCCUCGCCAUUGUCCUCGCCUUACUCAAUCUCAAGAACAUUCCUUUCUCGUGGCACAUCCGCCUCCUAACCCACCUCCUCCUCAACCUCCGCCGCUCCCCGACCUCCCCACCCUUCCCAACCUGUCCCCCAUCUCCAACCCUCACCAGCAAGAACCAAAAGAACAUCCAAACCCACCCAAUCUUCCAUCCGCACACACUCACCACGCGCACCUCCCUCUGGGAAACCGACUACAACUUCCACAAAUCCAACAGCACGUAUUUCUCCGAUCUGGACAUCUCCCGCACAGCCAUCGUGACAAGGGUAUACACACCGGGUUUGGCGCUCGUGAGCUUGGAAUUCGACCACGAGUUGAAGAACGGGAAGGAUGAGAAUGCCAAGGUCAAUGUGGGGAAGAAGGUGUAUGUCGCGCUGGGAUCGACCUUUACUAGCUUUAAGAGGGAGAUUGGGCCGUUGCAGAGGUAUCGCGUGUUGAGUCGCGUGGUGGGAUGGGAUCGGAAGUGGGUUUAUGUGUUGUCUGCUUUUGUGGGGAUGGGUUCUGGGAAUGGGAAGAAUGGAGGGAAGGCGAAUGGGAAGGUGUUUGCUACGGCUGUGAGUAAGUAUGUGGUGAAGAAGGGGUGGGUUACUGUGCCGCCGGAGAGGGUGUUGAGGGCGAGUGGGAUGUUGCCGGAGAGGAGUGUUGGUGAUGGGGAGGGUGAGGAUGGAGUGGUGGUUGAGGAGGAGGAAGAGGGGACGGUGGAGGGGAUUGUAGAGGGGGUGGGGGAGGUGUUGAGUAAGGAUGACAAUAAUGCUACAGGACAAGGGGUAUCGGAUUGGACGUGGGAAAUGAUCGAAGAGGAGAGGGUUAGAGGGAUGAAGAUUGUCGAGGGAUAUGUGGGGUUGGAUGAGAAGUUGUUGGCCGAGUGGGAAUAGAUUAUACCUCCUAUCCACAUCUGCGUUUACACUGCCUUCAUAUCUCGGGUUAUGUAUAUAUAGAUACCACCUAAGACGGAUAGAUGAUAUAAGUAUAGAGAAGAUUCAUCGUUAAUGAUCAGUC